ACCGUUGAGCUCCAACCCCUCCCACAGCUGUAGCUAGCUGUCUCCUCUCCUUCCCAUGUGACCCCCUUCCAAUACCUCUCUCUCUCUCUCUCUCUCUCUCUCUCAAAAAGCACCCCUCAAAGAAAAAAAGAAAAAUGCCCAUAUAGAAGAACAUACACCAAAGAAAAUGGUGUGAAGGAGAUAGGAAAGAGAUUCCAACCAUUUGCAUUUUUCAAAUCCAUAAUGUAUGUGAUGUUGUAUGUGGUGUAGAGCACAUACUUUCAUUCAUUCAUUCAUUCAUUCACCUCUUUAACAAGAUUCAGUAGAGGAGCAUUCUCUUGUAUUUGUGUUUGUGGCUUCUUCUUUUUUUCUUCUGAGUGUUUGGUUCUUUAAAUUCUUCUACGUUAUGGCACAAUUGCCACCCAAGAUCCCAAACAUGGCACCCAACUGGACCAAUUUCCCUCACCAAAGAGCUCCUUCUGUAGGCAACUUGCUGCCCAACCCCACCCACCAGCAACCCUCUUGGGUAGACGAGUUCCUCGACUUUUCCUCUGCGAAGCGCGGGUCCCAUCGCAGGUCAGUCAGCGACUCGAUCGCAUUCCUGGAAGCUCCGCUCGAUGAAGAAUGCCAGCCCGCAGACAACGAGUUCGAGAGGCUGGACGACGAGCAGCUCAUGUCCAUGUUCUCCGAUGACAUAUCUGCCGCGGCACCUGCCAUGGUAUCCACAUCCAACCCAUCCACACCAUCGGACCACAACAGCAUCAACGACGAGAAACCCACACCGUCGGAUCAGCAGCUGAGGAAUGAAGGGGAGGUGCAGAGCUCGUGCAAGUCGGAGCCGCAGGUCACCACUGCGCCUACACCCACCAGCAGUGAUCCCAUCAUUGAUCCCAAGAGGGUCAAGAGGAUCUUAGCCAACCGACAAUCUGCACAAAGAUCACGAGUGAGGAAGCUGCAAUACAUAUCGGAGCUUGAACGUAGCGUCACGUCGUUGCAGACGGAAGUAUCGGCAUUGUCUCCUCGGGUCGCAUUUCUCGAUCAUCAGCGAUUAGUUCUUAAUGUGGACAACAGUGCUCUUAAGCAGCGAAUUGCCGCCCUUGCUCAAGAUAAGAUUUUCAAGGAUGCACACCAGGAAGCGCUGAAGAAGGAAAUAGAGAGACUGAGGCAAGUAUAUCAUCAGCAAAACCUUAAGAAAAUGGGCGGCACUCCCUCAGAGCUAUGUACGGACAAGGAGCUUCUUAACUAAGAGAGAGGGAGAGAGGGAGAGAGCCUGGUGGGAUAUGUGUGUGUGGUGGUGGUGCUUGCCACUAAUUGAGACGGUCACGUGGAUGGUACCUUGAGUGGGCCCCACCACUAAGGUGGCAGAAGGAAUUGUUUGUUUAUUAGGGGAAGGGGUGUUUGGAAGGGUGGUGGGUAUUUUCAUCCAUUCUUUUUGUAUUUUAUCCAUUCUAUUUCAUUUUAUGUAUCUUGUUUCUCUUGGGAAGGGUGGUGGUGUGUUGUAGGUUAGAAGGGUGUUUCAUGUCUGACUGUUGUACCAUUUCUUGUGUUUUUUUCUUUGGGGGAAAUAAUGUUGUGCAUUUGGGGUUCUCUUUUCAAGAACAAGGUACUUAAAAAGGGGGGAAAAAUUCCACCUCUUAAGUUAUGUUCAGCUGUACAUGUGAAUUGGGUUCAUUUCUAUUAAACCUUAGGGAUCAUUUGGCA